AUGCGAGCAGUUUACGUUUCAUGCCAACAACUCCUCUUUCCUUACGGUUAUUGUUACGCUGAUCAUGUUACAUUUACAUGUUCAUCUUCAUCUUCACUUCCUUCUUUUCUAUUUCUAAACCCUAACCAUCUUCUUCCCUUUAUACUACAACAGAUAAUUUAUUCAAUGGAUAAUAGUACUGGUGAAAAGAUCAAAGGUUCGUGGAGUCCUGAAGAGGACGCCAUGUUGACCAAGCUAGUGGACCAACAUGGUCCACGAAAUUGGUCCCUAAUAAGCAUCGGCAUUCCCAGAAGAUCCGGUAAGUCUUGCCGUCUGCGGUGGUGCAAUCAGCUCAGCCCCGCCGUGCAACACCGUCCCUUUACCCCUUCUGAGGACGCUAUCAUCCUUCAGGCACAUUCUGUUCACGGUAAUAGGUGGGCUACAAUCGCGCGACUCUUGCCGGGAAGGACUGAUAAUGCCAUUAAAAAUCACUGGAACUCCACGCUCCGCCGUAAGCGCCACGCGCCGGAGGCUGCGGCAGCGGCAGCAGCGACUAUGCUUAUGGGCUUGGAUGAGUCGAGGACUGGGUCAUCGUCAGAGUCCAACUCAAAGAGGCAGUGUUCUCGUGCAUCGCAGGAGCAGAGUAGUUAUGGGCUGGACGCUGAUGAUUUGGGCCGUAAUGGGCCGGAGACUUCACUGACUUUGUCGCUACCUGGGGGAGGAUUGCAACAGUCACAUGCUGUUGACGAAAAGAUAGUGAAGGAUGAAGUUCCGCCACCGAUCAACGGUGAUAAUAAAGUGAAGGAGGAAAAAUGUAGGGUGGAGAUUGAAGAAACAUGUUUGGUGACGAUCAUGCAGCGUAUGAUAGCACAUGAGGUUCGUUGUUACAUUGACAAAUUACGGGCUCAGGGUGGGCUUGAAAUUGUGCCUGGCUUUGAGUCUGAUGUUCCGAAGCAACCUUAG